ACAUAUAAUUUACUAUCAUUUUAAUUCAUUCUCUUUUUCUAUGAAUUAUACUUCUUUUUAGUUUUGGAAAAAUUUGCUGUAUAAUUUUAUCAAAUAAAAUUUUUUUAUUAGUGCUGGCUCGACAUGAAGAGAAAUGCAAAAGAGAAGGCGUCAAGAAUAAGAAACAGCAGAGAAAAGACUGGGGGUGGUAGAGAAUCUAGUGAAAAGCUAUCUUCAUUACAAGAAAGGAUCAUAUCUUUAAUGGGUGACACAGUGGUUUUGGGGCAACAAAACACUGUGGAAUCCGAAGUUGAAGAGUUUUCAAAUCUAUUGCAGACUGAGGAAUCUAUACUGCCAGGAAUUGAAAAUCUCUCUGCAACAGGAGUAAAUUCUGUAGAUAUUUCUUCUUCUGAACAGGAUAAUGAAUAUAUAGAUUUAACAAAAGAAGCCAGUCAGUCUAAAGGAAGAAAAAGAAAAAACAAUUCCAAUGAAGAUGAUUUAAAUGAAGCAAAGAAAAGAACAGAAUCAUUUAUACAACUGGAAGAAGAAAAAAUUAAAUUAAAGAAAAAAAAACUAGAAUUAAGGGAGAAGGAACUUUCCAUAGCUGAGGAAAAUAAAGACUCUCUUAAAAAAAUUGCUACAGCACUGAAUAGCAUUGUAAAUUUAUUAUCUGAAAAUUCUUUGUAAUAU